GUGGAAGAAGAAGGUGGUGUGGAAGGCACUGUUCACGAAUGCAGUGGGCGCCAUUGCACUGAGAGCGCUCAUGGCGGCGUGCCAGGGUGGGCGGUGCGGCCUGUACAGCGAUGGGGGCUUCAUUCUCUUCGAUGCCCAGAGGGAGAGCGACUUUGGGUUGAGGGAGUUGCUACCGGUACUGGUGCUGGGCAUCACAGGGGGCCUCGUGGGGGCGCUCUUCAACACCGCUGUCGCGCGCCUCACCAAGCUGCGCGCCAAAUACAUCAACCCGUACGGUCCAUGGUGCAAGGUGCUAGAAGCAGCACUCAUCGCCAUCCUCACCUCCCUCGCCCGCAUGGCUCUCCCCUUCGCCUCGCGCUGCCUGCCCUGCCCGGAAAACGAGGUCUGCCCGGACCCCAGCCUGAACGGCAACUACAUAGCUUUCACCUGCCCGGCGGGCAGCUACAACCCGAUGGCUGGGCUGGCGCCCACCACAAACGAUAACGCCAUCACCAACCUCUUCUCCAGCUCGCCCGCCCAGUACAC